CAGAUACUUCCUUCCCAGCCUGCUCAAACAGGACACAAUCGCAGCCUCUCGGUAGCCUUCAGGCGGCCACCGCUUUCCUCGCUUUUCCGACGGCUUGGGAAGGCGUGCGCACGCGCACCUGCCCCGCUUGCUCUCUACCGGCCGGCGGCCUCGCUUCCUCCUAUCUCUUCUUGGGCUUUCUCGGAGUCUGAAGAAAUACGAUGGCUACUAGCCAUGCUCUGAAGAAAAAGACAGCGGACAAGCAAUCUGCAGAAGAUGCCAGUGUUCAUGUCCCUAAUCCACACCUUGAGAAAAUGAAAGAUGACAUCCUGUAUCAUUUUGCCCUUGGGACCAGUACUCAUGAUUUUCCUGCCUUAUUUGGAGAUAUAAAGUUUGUAUGUGUUGGAGGAAGUCCUUCCCGGAUGAAAACUUUUAUUACCUACAUUGCUGAACAGCUGGAUAUUGGUAACCCUGGUUAUGACUAUCCCAAUAUAUGUGCUGGAACAGAUCGGUAUGCAAUGUACAAAGCAGGCCCUGUGCUAUCAGUCAGUCAUGGAAUGGGAAUCCCUUCAAUUGCCAUCAUGUUACAUGAACUCAUCAAGCUGCUGUAUCAUUCCAAAUGCUGCAAUGUAACCAUUAUUCGUAUUGGCACAUCUGGUGGAAUAGGUUUGACACCAGGCUCCGUGGUGAUCACAAAGCAAGCUGUAGAUGCUACCUUCAAGCCACAGUUCGAACAGAUUAUUUUGGGGAAGUCUGUCAUUCGCAGUACAUGCUUAGAUGAAAUGCUAGCUGAAGACCUUAUGGAGUGUGCCAAGGAACUUGAUCAGUUCAACACAGUUGUUGGAAACACAAUGUGUACUCUGGACUUCUAUGAAGGUCAAGCUCGUCUUGAUGGUGCCAUCUGCACAUACACUGAAGAAGAGAAACUACAAUAUUUGAAGGAAGCCCACAAGGCUGGAGUCAGAAAUAUUGAGAUGGAAUCUUCUGUUUUUGCAGCUAUGUGCAAUCUUAGUGGCCUCAAAGGUGCUGUAGUAUGUGUUACACUCCUGAACCGACUUGAAGGCGACCAGAUCUCCACACCUCAUGAUGUUUUGAAGGAAUACCAGACAAGGCCACAGAAGCUUGUGGGACAUCUGAUUAAGAAACGUUUUGGGAAAAAGUGACUUUCUACACUAUAUAUACAGGAACACGAAUCUUUCCUUUUACUUGAAUUCCUGUUAAAAAUGUUUCCUCAGUGUAAAAUAACUAUCAUAAACUGC